AUGAUGUCAACGGAAUUGAAGUCGGCGGCAUCUCCGUCGAUAUCGGCAUCGGCCUUACUUGUGUCCACUGCGCCACGGUCAAACCAAGGCGAUGAUGUACCAACUAUCCGGUUCACCAAUGUGCAGGAUCUCUUCGACGCAAUUAAUGGCAACACUGGAGAUUGCUUCGUCGUUACACGUAUGCACUCCAUAUCGAACUCGAUCAAGGAUACAGGGAUCAACUUGUCAGAAGCGGCCGAGAAGAAAGUUGGGUAUCGAUGGGUUCCCCUACACGUCGAGCACGAGGCCAUGGUGGAGUUUAUGGGGAGGGUGACUCUACGGGCGGCCCAAAAUCCCGAGUUGCGAUAA